CCGCGUAAACUGAGGAGAAAAAGGUAAACCUGUACUACAUUCCUGACAGGAACAUCCUCAAUUAAAAAUACUUUUAAGUUUAAAAAAAAAGAGACGCGAGCAGGAAAGCAGCGAAACGACGUCCGCCUGCACGUCUGAAGGAAAACGUUACAAACCGUUGACGUCCAACGGGCUGUUUGCAACGUUUGUGUCCGCGAAGUUUUCGUUUCCGCGUUAACCGAAAAGUCAGGUUGUUCUAGUUUAGAGUUGACGGUCCAAAAAUCUGUCUGUCACGUCGGUUAAAUGGAUAUGCAUUUAGAGUGAAGUUUUUAUAAGCCGUCCCGGUGAUUCUGUUGGCUCAGAGUCAUGUCCCGGCAGAUGGGAGACAGCCACCGCCGGUUCCUGCAGGCCAUGAUGGGCCGCGGCAUCACCGACGAACAAGGAGCGCUGCGGCUCUAUCAGCACUGCUGUGAAACACACAAAACACAAUGUGCUCCAGACAAACUGGAUGACUUCAUUGAUACCAUCAACUCAAAGCUCCAGCCAAUGUUCAUGCAGAUCAGAAAAGGGAUGUCUGAGGACAACGGUCAGCAGUACUACGCUUUGGUGAAUAUGGCUGAAACAGAAAUCACCAGGAUGACGUCGGAUUACGCUGACAAUGAGCUGGAGCUGUUCAGGAAAACAAUGGACCUGAUUGUGAGCUCUGAGAACGGCAAGGCCUCCUCCACAGAGAUUCUGAACAGCACCGACUCCAUGACCUCCAAAAAGCUGAAGAAGAGCGAAACGGAGCACCUUUUGAACCGGCUCGUCAACGACAAAUGGCUCUGUGAGAAACACGGGGAGUACACCCUGUCCACCCGAUGCAUCAUCGAGAUGGAGCCGUACAUUCGGGCUAUGUACCAGGAUCAGGUGAAGGUGUGCCACAUUUGUCACAACAUCGCCUUCCAGUGCCAAAUUUGUGAGAAUCCUACAUGUGGCAUUAAAAUACACAACCCAUGCGUGGCCAGAUACUUCAAAGGAAGAACAGAGCCACAUUGUCCAGCUUGUGAUGACUUUUGGCCACAUGAAAUCCCUGAAGUAAGACGACCUCAUACGAAGUCUAGGAGAUGAGGACAUCUGUAGUGGCUGUUUUUUUAUUUUCCUUUUUUUAAAAUCAUAAUUUUAUAACAAACUUUUAAUAAACCAAAUACAAUGUAAAUAUUUCA